GGGCAUUUCAAAUGGAUAAGAAGACAGUAGUAAAUAUGGCUCCCUAUCAACAACUGCCAUAACCACUCAUAACUAUGGCUCCCUCUCUCCUUCUCCGCCUUCCCUCCUGCGCCCCGGCCACCUCCAUAGCUCACUUCCAACAGACAAAUAUGGCGAAACCCAGAAAAUUUUCAACCCAAAUUCGCUGCAUAGGAUGGGACCCAGAAGGCGUGUUAGGACCAGCGCAAGGAGGCCACAUCGCAAGACUGGAUUUCAAGAGGCGCCUGGAAAAAGAUGCCGAUGCUCGAGAUGCUUUUGAACGCCAGGUUCGCCAAGAAAAAGAGCGUCGCCGCACUGUUCGCGAGGCUCGUGCUGUACCAGAUACUGUUGCAGAACUCGUCGAGUAUUUUCUUGAUACCGAAGCUCGAGAGCUGGAAUUUGAGAUUGCUAGGUUGAGACCUCGAUUGAAUGAGGAGUUCUUUUCACACAUUCAGCUGGAAUUGGGAAAGUUGAGAUUUGCUGUAUCAAAAACUCAGGAUAUGGAGGAUAGACAAAUUGAGUUAGAAGCUCUGCUAAAAGCCCUUCAGGAAGGAACAGAAGCCUAUGAUAAAUUGCAAGCAGACCUUGUAACAGCAAAGAACAGCUUGGCCAAGAUUUUGACAUCAAAGGAUGUAAAGACAACUCUAUUGGAGUUGGUUGAGAAGAAUGAGUUAAAUAGAUCCCUACUGACACUUCUCGAUGAGAAUAUUGCAAAUGCAUUCAGCGCUAACCAGAAGGAAGCAGCAGAAUAUAUGUCAAAGCUUCGGGGUGCUGUGCUGAAGUAUAUAACUGUUUAGCAUCGGAUUGGACAAACAUCAAAUAGGAACACCGCAGUGCUAGUUUGGAUUCGAAGUUUCCUACCACAGCCCUUAGGUUUGUGGAGCAGUGCUAUUAUGGCUAUGGAGCUGCCAUUCAGGAAUUCUUACUUACUUUAUAUUUUUAUCCUACUUUUAGCUGUUAUAUGGAUGAAAAAUAUACUGUUUUUGCAUCGUUGGCUGCAAACAGUUCUGAGAUUCAAGCAUUAACUUCGAUUUGCCACUAAAAUACUGGAACAAUAUUUUGUUUGGAAAA